AAUUAAUGAAGACCUUAAAUAGUAUUGUCCAACAAAGAAAUAAACCAUUAAUCGAUUCACAGAAGGAGAACAUGCGACAACCUGUUAAGGAUAUAGAGAUUAUCAAAGACCCUAAGGCUAAGACUAGCACAGCUUCGGUGGUCAGUAUCCCAUUAGGCACAUUUAGUUCUGAUAAAGAACUAGCUAGUAUAUUGGACCCCAAACUUGCGGGAGUUACUCCAGAUCCAAUCCCAAUGGGUAACAAGAUCACCUAUGAGUCUUUGAAUAGUAAGAAAAAUCGGAGAAAGAAAAGGCCAACUCCGAAGCCAAAUACUAAGCUUAUGAGCAAGCUUUCUAAAACUAGGAACAGUUCCAGAAGGCCAUCAUCGAAAUCGAGGUCUAUAAAGAAAUCCACUAGGUCUAAUUUAUCUCUCUCAAAGAAGAUUAAGAAAAAGCCAUCGCUCAGGUACUUCGGACACUUAAUGGAUAAAGUCAGCAGAAGUGGCAUUUUUGUAAACAACAAGAUGAUCGGCGCUCAAACAAAGGAACUUGACUUGGAGAAAGAUAAAUCCAAGACUUUACAGGAACAACUUGAUGCUAAGAAAGCGGAGACAGAUAAUUUAGCCAGGCUUCUCAUGAUGAGCGAGAGCUCUCUUAAAUCUACCCAGAGAGAGUUCUUCGAGUUCAAAACUUACAAGCAAGCUCUUGAUUCUGAGACCCAAGAGUGGCAAGAAAGAUACCAACAUCUAGAAGCGACUAUGGCUGAGAUGAAGAGAAGCCAUGAAGAAGAAAGAAAGCAAUUCUUUCUCAGAGAUGAGCAAUAUAAGAGAGAAAUAGAUAUUCUUAAAGAGAAGAUUGAUAGCACAGAAAGGCAAUUAGUCAUGAUGGCUGAAAAAUAUGCUGCUACUGAUAAGAUCGAACCAGAAAGGGUCGCUAAUAUAAAGAAAGAAUAUGAGCAACUGCUCAGUUGUCAUAAAGAAGUGAAGGCAGAAAGAGAUUUACUAAAAUUAGAAAACAAAGCAUUUGAGGAUAUGUCUAAAGAUAAGACUCCGACAUAUAGUCAGGGGCAGUAUACUUCUUCAAGCUUAAAUAAUGUUCAAAAUCCUUCUAUUCCUCAACCGAUGCUUUCGAAUUAUCAAUCUUUGAAGACAAAGGACUAUACGACUGCGGUUUCAGGGUCAGACAGGAUCCCAUACAAUGGAUAUUCUACAACAAAUGAGUUGAAUAGAAAUUAUACCAGCUCAGAUUCCAAUACUUAUGUGAAAAAUGAUUACAAAGGGUGCUAUUCCUCCACAGGUUCUAAAUAUCAGUACCAAGCCACUGAUGAGAUAGUGCAGAAGUACAGGUACCAAGACGAGUAUGCUACCACUAAAAAUACAGACUCCAGGCAGAAAGAGGAAGAGAUCAUGGGAAGAUACCUUAACCCUCAGAUUAUGGAUAAGUCAUCAGGCUAA